UUCAAUGGCAUUACGCCAUAGUCAAUCUGAAAAUCAGUGGUCGGAUACAAUUUGUUUGUACGACAAAAACAGGAAUACUGAAGAUUACAGUACCGUACGCGUUAAUAUCGCCGAUAAAGAGGAUCCAAAUCAGUACCGAAGCGUUUGGUGUACUUCGAUUGUAGAAAACUCCGACAAAAUCGUUCGAAUGUUGAUUCUGAUUCUACCUAUGUAUGUGAUUCGAUCGUACUUGACAUUCGACACCGAAGUCAGUAUUAGCAGUACGAAUUCAGAUGGUCAAUUUAGUGUCAUGGUCGCGUCAGCGCUUAAAGGAAAUCGCGUACAACCAGUUGACUUACCUGAAACACUGACCGACGAUUGUACAUGUUUAACAGUGGCUUUAAAUAAAAAGAGGUUUUCGGAUGUAAACAUUCUAUCAUAUCCGAACGACGAGGAACAUAAGGAAAACGAUUCAAAUCAUGAACAAGAAACUUCGCAGUUGAGUAUUGAAGAAAUUAUUAAUGGGAAAUACCUAACGACAGAUUCAGGUCUAAAAUGGCCGUAUGUUGGACACCAAUUCAACAAAGUCCAGUGGAAGCAAGGACUUGCAAUAAAUACGAAAGCAACCGUUACAAUAGAGCCACACGAUUACAUUGAUCAUGACGGGUUAUCGACGAAAUCAAUUGUAGUAAAGCCUUGGGCAUUAAUAGUGAAUACAACUGGUCAUAAAAUUGCUUUAUUUCUUAAAAUUUCACCGCCAGAGACUCUAUGCACUUUAGAUAACAUGAGCGUAGUUGCUCCGCCAGAAAUCAAGGAAAAUUUUUAUAUCGUGAUCAAUGAAGACGUCAAUUACCACUCCGUUCCUUUAAGUAUGGUCAGUCAAAAACGGUUACACAACUUAGAAGGACAUUCGGUACCCUUGGAAGGGCAUUUGUCUAUCUUAAUCAAAUAUCACAAUUCAAUCGGUUUUUUCGACGUUUGUUCUUCGAAUUUCGAAGGCAUGCGAAUUUUGCACAUUCAAAGCGCGUACGUUGCCACCAAUCAUAGUUCAAAAGAUGUCGACAUUUUAACCGUGUGUUCGAUGCCCUCUUCGGAUUUGUACAACCUUCCGUUAGAUAUCGACCAGCUAACAGUGAAUUUACCAAAAAGUCAGGCGUUCUUAAGCAAACCUUUAACCGUGUGGACUUUAACGGACACGGUCGUUAGUGGGGUUAUCUUGGAAAAACUCAACCGGUACAUCGCAUUGGUGUUCAAGGGUAACGUGAGUUGCCCCAUCAAGGUAUCCGACAUACCGGACAACGAAUUUCCUUUGCCGGUGUCGUUUUGUUCGCCGGGUGAAUUUAAUCCGCUGUUAAGUGUAUCGUUGACGGUGCACGGCGGACAAUAUGUGCUGACCGUGCACGAUCAGCCAUAUCCGCAAUUGAUCAUUGACAAUUUUUGCCACACGACUAUAUUGAUAACCAAAAAUGUGGAAUCGGAAACGUUUUCGGAAGACUGGAAUUGGUCGUACAAGAUAUGUUCGGGAGACAACGGAUUCUUGUCGUUUACGGCACUGAACAACCCGCAAACAUUGUAUGCAACUAAAAUGUCUGCAAACUCGAUUAACGGUAAGCUAUGUAGUCAGAUGAGAUGGGUUUUGGAAAUAGGAAUCAUUAUUCAGUGA